AUGGCCGGAGACGGGAAAAUAACCAUCUCAAUCGAUCGGGGAGGCACCUUCACUGACGUACAUGCCAUCGUACCCGGGAAACCUGACAUCAUCCUCAAGUUACUCUCCGUCGACCCCGCCCACUAUCAAGAUGCUCCCACCGAGGGUGUGCGCCAGAUUCUCGAGCUCGUCACAGGUGAACCCCACCCCAGAGGGCAACCGCUGAAGCUGGAUCGGAUUGGGUCUCUGCGCAUGGGAACAACGGUGGCUACAAAUGCGCUGCUGGAGAGGAAAGGGGCCCGGUCAGUCCUACUCACGACCAAGGGCUUCCGCGAUCUACUCAAGAUUGGUGAUCAGUCACGGCCAAACAUUUUUGAUCUGUCGAUGGCCCGCCCAGGAGUGCUGCCGGAAGGCGUGGUUGAGGUCAAUGAACGUAUUGUCCCGUGCCAUCCAUCGGCAGAUAAGGAUUGCUUCUCCGGAGCUCGCAUCGUGGAGGGUGUGACCGGGGAAAAGUUCCGUGUCGUGCAGGAAUUAAACCUCGAGGAGGUUCGCUCGGAACUCCAGCGGUAUAAGGAGCAGGGCUACCAAUCCCUGUCGGUCGCGCUGGUCCACUCCUUCGCAUACCCAGAGCAUGAACGUCAGAUUGGCGAGCUGGCCGAGAGCAUGGGCUUCUCCGUGACAUUGUCCUCCAAGCUACAGCCGAUGAUCAAAAUCGUCCCACGAGGCAUGUCUGCCGCGGCUGAUGCCUAUCUCACACCCGUCAUCAAGACAUAUAUUGACUCGAUUUCCUCCAGCUUCGAAGGCGGCUUGGAGCGUCAGCGCGAGUGCCGCUUCGAGUUCAUGCAAUCGGAUGGUGGACUGGUCGAUUUUCGCCGAUUCAGCGGGCUGAAGGCGAUCUUGUCCGGUCCUGCAGCCGGCGUGGUCGGGUUCGCCGCCACGAGCUGGGAUCCCACCGAGAAGACACCCGUGAUCGGCUUCGACAUGGGCGGUACAUCAACGGAUGUGUCUCGUUUUGACGGUCAUCUCGAGCAUGUUUUCGGAUCCAAAGUUGCCGGUGUGCUCAUUCAAUCCCCGCAACUCGAUAUCAAUACUGUCGCGGCAGGUGGCGGCUCUAUCCUGUCAUAUCGUAACGGAUUGUUCUAUGUCGGACCGGAAUCGGCAUCCGCCCACCCCGGCCCUGCUUGUUACCGCAAAGGAGGACCAUUGACAGUCACAGAUGCUAACCUAUUCCUGGGCCGCUUACUACCUGAGUACUUCCCACACAUCUUCGGUCCCAACGAGGACCAGCCUCUUGAUAUCGAAGUGACCACCAAGCUUUUCAAUGAGUUGACCCAGAAGAUUAAUGCGGAGAGAAAAGAGAAGGGGCAGCCGGAGUACGCUCCGGAAGAAGUUGCUCUGGGAUUCUUGAAGGUGGCCGAUGAGUCGAUGGCUCGCCCUAUUCGCAACCUGACUCAAGCCCGUGGCUUUGAAACCGCAUCGCACCAUUUGGCCUGUUUUGGAGGCGCCGGUGGUCAACAUGCAUGCUCGGUUGCGGCAUCACUGGGCAUCUCACGCAUUAUCAUCCAUAAAUACUCGUCUGUCCUCUCCGCGUACGGGUUGGCGCUGGCCGAGGUGGUCAAGGAAUCUCAGGAGCCGGUCUCCGCUGACUUUGAGACAUCUCAGUCAAGCCUCGAGAAGCGCUUCAAUGACAUGACAGACAGCGCUACAGCAGAGAUGAGCACCCAAGGAUUCUCAGCGGAUCAAGUGCGGCACGAGCUGUACCUCAAUAUGCGCUAUGAGGGCUCCGAUACCAGUUUAAUGAUCUUGAAACCUGAAGAUGAUUCGGGCUUCCUGGAACAGUUCAAGACCCGGCAUCGCAGAGAAUUCAACUUCAAUUCUGACCGAGCGGUACUAGUGGACGACAUUCGUGUGCGUACGAUCGCUUCAUCGAAUGUGCGCACUGAGAAGAGUCCUCUGGUCCAGUUGCGGGAGGCCAGCUUGCAAGAUGUGAGCGGAACUCCGGACAAUACAACGAAAGCGUACUUUGACGGAUACUCCAGCCGCAUUGACACGCCAGUCUAUCUUCUGGACAAGCUCCAGAAAAAUGCUCGCGUCCAUGGUCCUGCCGUCAUCAUCGACAAGACCCAGACUAUCGUGGUAGCUCCAAAUUCCAUAGCCAAGAUCCUGGAUACUUGCAUCGUCAUUGAUCUAAAGGAGGAGCAGACUACCGUCAAUGGCGUUCCCUCAGAGCUCUCAUCCGAAAUUGACCCUAUUAGACUGAGUAUCUUCGGUCAUCGUUUCAUGUCCAUCGCUGAACAGAUGGGUCGCACCCUGCAGAAGACAUCCGUCUCAACCAACAUCAAAGAGCGCCUGGACUUUUCCUGCGCUCUGUUCUCUCCAGAUGGCGGGCUCGUGGCCAAUGCUCCCCACGUUCCUGUUCAUCUCGGUUCCAUGCAAUUUGCCGUUCGCUACCAACACCAGAAAUGGUUGGGUAAUCUGAGGGACGGUGACGUCUUGGUCGCCAACCACCCCAGUUGCGGUGGAACUCACCUUCCUGACAUCACAGUGAUCACGCCUGUGUUUGAUAAGCCAGGUGGCAGUGAAAUUAUGUUUUAUGUCGCCUCUCGUGGCCACCACGCAGAUAUCGGCGGCAUCCUGCCAGGGUCGAUGCCACCAAAAUCCACCGAGCUGUGGCAGGAGGGUGCAGCCAUUGAAGGAGAGAAAAUCGUGAGCAAUGGCGUCUUUGAGGAGGAGCGUAUAAUCGACCUCCUAGUGAACAAGCCAGCAGAACACCCCGGAUGCUCGGGCUCGCGGUGCAUUAGCGACAAUCUAUCGGACUUGAAGGCACAGAUCGCGGCUAACACACGCGGUAUCGCCCUGAUUCAGUCCUUGUUCGCCGAGUACGGCGUCGAAACCGUCCAGAAGUACAUGUACGCGAUCCAAGCCACGGCCGAGACAGCCGUGCGCAACCUCCUGAAGGAUCUCUACAAGCGCUUUAACGGCGAGCCCCUGGAAGCCGUCGAUUACAUGGAUGACGGUACUCCCAUUAGACUGAAGGUCACGAUCAAUGAGUCGGACGGAUCUGCCGUCUUCGACUUCUCCGGCACCGGGCCCGAAGUGUACGGAGGCUGGAACGCUCCCAUCGCCAUCACCCAUUCGGCCAUUAUCUACUGCUUAAGAGCCAUGAUCGCCUCAGACGUGCCUCUCAACCAGGGCUGUCUGGCGCCUAUCGACAUCCAAGUCCCGUCACACAGCAUCCUCUCGCCGACCAAGACGGCAGCCGUCGUGGGCGGUAACGUCGUGACAUCGCAAAGAAUCACCGAUGUCGUCCUGAAGGCCUUCCGCGCCUGCGCCGCCUCCCAAGGAUGCUGCAACAAUCUGACUUUUGGCACCAACUCCAAGGUAGACCCAGACACCGGCGCAACCAUCCCUGGCUUCGGCUACUACGAGACCAUCGCCGGAGGCAGCGGCGCAGGACCAACCUGGAAGGGCGAGUCCGGCAUCCACGUCCACAUGACCAACACGCGGAUUACUGACCCGGAGAUCCUCGAGAAGCGGUAUCCCACUCUGCUGCGCCAGUUCACCCUCCGAUCCGGCUCGGGCGGAAAGGGACUCCACCCCGGUGGUGACGGCGUCAUCCGAGACAUUGAGUUCCUGGCGCCUAUGGAAUGCUCGAUUCUAUCGGAACGGCGAGUCCAUCGUCCUUAUGGUCUGGAGGGAGGAGAAGACGCCCAGUCCGGUCUCAAUCUGUGGAUCUCCAAGGAUGAGGAGACGGGUGAGGAACGCAUCGUGAAUAUCGGUGGUAAGAAUACGGUUUCGAUGAAGACGCAUGAUCGUAUCGUGAUCAAUACUGCUGGUGGGGGUGGUUGGGGUGCUGCGCAGUAG